AUGCCGAGCCAUGGCGCUCUUCACAAGCCAUUCACCGAAGAGCUGGUUCUCUACGACCCCGAGUUCUUCAAUUUUGCAGAUCACAUUGUACGACUGGUGCAAGGAUCGCCUCGGGCUGCCGGGCCAGACCAGAAACCUGUGGUCCAAUCCAAUGAGCCAGCUACACCAGCUACAACAGCUACAAUCUUGCAAAAUCUUCACCACCACUUUCCAAAUCAACGGCCGAGACUUCAGUCACCCUUGAUUCAAGAUGCAGAGUUCACCAAGCUGUACCACGAUUUCGUUCGACAAGUGGUCAGAAGCAACCUAGAAGAAGACAUGUUGAUUUUUGAGCACUGCCCGAAUCUGCGGAUUCACCUGGCCGGUGAAAAAUCUUUGACUUCACCGCAUACAGACAAAGAUCAUCAGCACUCAGAAGCAGAGAUAAACUUCUGGGUUCCGUUAACGUCAUGCUUUGGGGACGCGAGCCUUUGGGCUGAAUCCGCCCCGGGCAAAGGGAACUUCCAUCCGUUUGAAGUGGAACCUGGGCAGGCUGUGCGCUUCUAUGGGAACCAGUGUCUACACUUCACCAGAGACAACAAAACCGACUCUUCCCGUGUCUCCUUCGAUUUCCGGGCGAUUCGCAUGCGAGACUUCCACUGGUCGCAAGUGCCACCGCCUGGGGAUCCACGGGCCAAUGAGGUUCGGUGGAGCAUUUUUGCAUACUACGAUGUCAUGGUGGCAGAUGGCUCCAUUUUGACCAGCCCUGAAGAGUGGGAGGAACGAGUGGCUCGCCCUGAUGCCUAUCACCAAGUUCAAACAAAGUUCGAACAGUUCAAACAUGUGACGGUGCCGAUGUUCUUAUGGGUUCCUAAGGUCCCAGCGCUUGGUCAAAGGAAACUUGCUGAAGAAGUCCCUCCAGCGCUUGGUGCAGUUCCAUAUGGCGAUCAACCAGCACCAGCAUCACCAGCUCGCCGAGCACAGCGCUCGCCGUCUCCAGAGCACGUGGCCGCUUGUGGGCUGCGCUAUGGUUCGCAGCGAGAGGCCCGGCGGCACUGCGCCCGCUGCGGAUGGAUUGCCAACCGGCGGAGGCUUCUAGAUGUCCUUUGUUUCUCCGACUCCGCUGGUGCGAAACGGCCUUGGAUCAUCGAAAAUCCGGACCUCUCCCAGCCGUGGGGGCUUGGAUGUGAGAUUUGCGUAGCGGCACGGGCCCAAAAUGUUGGAAGCGCCAUGGCGCUUUGCUCGGCAUUCGCGGACCUCUCCUUCGGGGUGUCAAUGCCCGGCCUGCUUUUUCAGCCCUUACUGCGUCAUGGCAACCAUGCCAUGCGACAAAGUCCAGUGAAAGGACAAGUGAUCGUACAGCAGGAUAUGGAGCAUGCGGCUGCCCAGCAAGCCGUCCAGUUCUUAUCUCACCAGAGCAAGAUCGCCACCAAGAUCGACCUCUACACGGCCUUGCCAACUGGAGGCGAUGCAAGCUAUGACUCGGUGAGUUUUAAAAGGCUGGGCUACCUUUCCUUGGACAGCAACGAGCGUUCACAGUUCCAAGCCCGUGAGUUGAAGAGCGUGUAUGUGGAUGUGUCUGCCCAAUUCAUCAAGAUUUUGUUUCACAAGUGCCAUGUGAAUCGGUACAAUAUUGUCAACCAGGUUGGGCUUAUUGCAUUAAACUGCUUGGGCGAAGUCCUAGGGCCCGACUUGGCAAAUGGGCCACCAGCGCCCAACCCCGCCUUGGCGCGGCCAAUGGAUGGUUAUCAGCCACCAACCGCACCAAGCGCUCAGGAUGCAGCGCAGGCAGCAUCAGAUGAAAUGCGGUAUGAUCCACAAACCUUGGAGCGGAUUCGCUCCCUCUCCUCAGCAAAGGCUAGAGCAGUUGAGGCUGAGGAUUACGAGGAAGCCAAGCGACUCAAAGAGGUCCUUGCAAGGCUGCGCCAGACUGGUCUUCUCCUCCGGGAACUGGAGGAUCGAAAGAAAGCCGCGGUGCAGAACGAGGACUAUGACGCUGCUAAAGCUUUGAAGAGCGAAAUCGACCGACUGCGCACUGCCAUUGAUCGGCCACCGGAGCGACCCAUGGAGCGGCCGGUGGAGCGGCCUCAUUCUGGCAGGAGCAAUGGAAAUGGUGGCCGUGCUGGAGCUGGAAGUCCAGAUUGGGGUGGAGCUGUUGGAGCUGUUGGAGCUGUUGGUCCCCCCAGAGGUGGCCACCAGCCUCAGAUGGCCUACGAUGAGCCGCGGCGGGAUAGCCGUGACAGUUUGUCGCGGCUCUCCAGAGACGAGGCGGCAGCGCCUAGCAGUCGUGGCAAGGAGUCGCGGCAUUCUCAAGAGCGUCGUGACAUCCUCAUCACUCCAGUUGGUGCCCUUGGCCCUGGGGGUAGCAUUGGUGGCAUGGGUGGGCUGGGCGGUGCCAAAGUGCCCCGCACCCCGCCACUGGGGGGUGUAGCGCAGACUGAGCCCUCGGCUCCGCCACCGGAACCCGACCCUCCAGAGACUGAGCGCGCGAACUUUGAUGCGGAGAACCAUCCGCUCGCUGGCGUGCCAAAUGUAGAGGAUUUGAGCCAACCAGAGCCAGAGCCUCUGCAUUCCAACUUCCAGAAGGAAGCUGAGCCAUUGACAGAACUUUUUGGUGAUUAUCUCACGCGAUGCGUUUUUUCAAAGACCUGGAAUCUACGUGACGCAGCUCUUCAAAAGCUGGCGAUGGAUUUGCAGAAUGGUGAGCACAGGCAGAAAGACCAAAACCGCUUGCUUGCUGGCUACAUCCUCGUUCUAAAGCGCAUGGUGCCGGACAAGAAUGUGCAGGGGCUUUGCCAAAUGCUGCGGCAGGUCCGCCGCCCCGAGGCGCACUCCUUGCUGGACCCCUUGAUGGUUCUGCUAGUGGACCGAUUGGGCGACGGCAAUGCUCGCGUUGACAAAGCGGCCAGGGAUGCUCACCUUUGUGACCUGAUGCGGUGUCCCAGUGUGGGUGCAAGCUUCACUGCUCAGCAGCUUCUCAGGCCGCUGAAAAAGAAGUCGGUGAAUCCACGCGUGUACAUCGCCCGCUUGCAACUUUUGGCGGCCAUGGUGACAGAGGCAGGUGUCCAACCUGAAAGCAAGGAGGGUUUGCCUCUGGAUCCCACAGUGCAGCUAGCAAUGGAUUGGUUCAACAAUGCAAAUGCUGAUGUGAGGGAAAACGCUGUGAAACUGGUGGCGGCCUGCUACGCACAUGCUGGUUUGAAGCGGAUUGAGAAGUACCUCGCCAACAUCCGGCAGGCGCAGAGAGACAUCUUUGACGAGGAGUUCGACCGAGUGGAUGCAGGUGAUGGGCUCGAAAUGGGCCAGCCUCAGUGCCACCACCGGUCCGGCAGCAACCGGUCUACGCCCAAAGGCAUGAACUGCGUGGGCUUUGUGGUGGAUGUGAUGGGCUGGUUACGGCAUGUUACGGCAUGUUACGGCUUUGUUUCCUUUUUCUCCCGAUCCAUCACAGCUCGAAUCCAGUUUUGUAGCCUACAGUUCUUCUAG